GAUACUGUCCCCCACGGGCCGGGUGGGGGCGGAACCCGACCUGCAGCUGCGAGGACCCGGGCGGCGGGAGGUGGCGCCUCGGUCCUGGAGCCCGGGGUUCGCGGCCAUGACGGUGUCGGCCCGCGGCUUCUGGCUGCUCCGCGGCUGCCUGGGCCGAAUGCUGGCGCUGGGCAGGAGCGCGGUGUCGCCCCUGGAGGCGCCAGGAGCGGCCGGGCGCGCGAUCCGCGGCUUUCGGGGCAGCGGCGUGAGGACCAGCAGAGAGAAGAGAUUCCUUCUUCCAGAGGUCGCCACUGUCUACCUCCCCACUUGUCCCCAUCCUCAGUCAUCUCUUUUAAUAAACAUGAUGCAGUUAUUAUCUCAGGAACUGAAAUGGCCAAACAAAUCCAGAAAGAAAUACAACAAGGUGUGGUAUCUUGGAUUUCCCUUGGGAACAGAAGACCUCACCUCAGUAUCAUUUUAGUGGGCGAUAAUCCAGCCAGCCACACGUAUGUCACGAAGAAGAUCAAAGCUGCCACUGCUGUAGGUAUCUAUAGUGAGAUCAUUCUAAAACCUAAGGAUGUUUCUCAGGAAGAACUGUUGGAUAUAACUGAUCAACUGAACAUGGACCCAAGAGUCAGCGGUAUAUUGGUUCAGUUGCCACUGCCAGACCAUGUGGAUGAGCCAGUAUGUAAUGCAGUUGCCCCCGAAAAAGAUGUUGAUGGAUUUCAUAUCAUCAACAUUGGAAGACUCUGCCUUGAUCAGCAUUCUCUCAUCCCUGCCACUGCUAGUGCCGUUUGGGAAAUAAUCAAAAGAACAGGAAUUGAAACAUUUGGCAAGAAUGUGGUUGUGGCUGGAAGAUCCAAGAAUGUUGGGAUGCCCAUUGCCAUGCUCUUACACACUGAUGGAGAACACGAACGGCCAGGAGGUGAUGCCACUGUGACAAUAGCUCACAGAUAUACCCCCAAAGAACAAUUGAAGAUCCAUACUCUGCUGGCAGAUGUGAUCAUAGUAGCUGCAGGUAUCCCAAAGUUGAUUACAUCUGAUAUGGUUAAAGAAGGUGCUGCUGUAAUUGAUGUGGGUAUCAACUAUGUCCUUGACCCAGUGACCGGGAAGACAAAAUUAGUUGGCGAUGUGGACUUUGAAGCUGUUAAGAAGAAGGCUAGCUUUAUCACUCCAGUUCCAGGAGGCGUGGGACCCAUGACAGUGGCGAUGCUUCUCAAGAACACCCUCCUGGCAGCUAAAAAAGCCAUUUAUUAGGUCACAUGAAGGAACACAGCAACUGAAGUCAUGCUACUUAAUUUAUUUGGCAAAAGGCAAAAACCUUUAUAUUUUACUACAAAGUAUUUCUACAUUGUAUUUAUUUUUUCAUGGAUGGAAUCAUUGUGGUUCAGAUGAUUCAUACAAUCUUAGGCAUUUCUUGCUAAUAGUCACUGAAUAUUUUGAGGGAUUUGAGUUUUACAAAAAAAUACUAAACAAUUGCAAUGAAAACUUUGGUAACAGUUGUUUAUUUUGUGAAUAAUAUUUGUUCAUAAUAUUAAAACAAUAAAGGGCUCAUAAUAGAGGCAUAUAUUUUUGACACAAAUAUCACAAAUAGUAUGUUUUCCACAAACAUUUUGUCAGUCAAAUAGACACUCUGUAAAAUUUAGGUUUUGCCACAACCGUGCUCAAUUUUUAUAUAUUUUAUGUUCUAUGUCAUACGUUGAAAAAGAGCUUACUUGUUAACAGAAAGAUAAAAUAUUAAAAAUAAAAUUUGAUCUCAUAUAUUUCGUAUGUGCACCCCAUGAGGCAUACUAAUGGGGAAUGAUGCUCCAUUCAAGGAAAGAAAAACAUGUAAAGAUGACAAAAAAUGCAGUUCUACUUGGAAAGGUAUUGGUUUUUUGGUUUUUUUGGUUUUUUAUUUUGUCUUUUUAGGGCUGUACCCACAGCAUAGGAAAGUUACCAGGGGACCCCAAAAGGGGUCGAAUCAGAGCUGCAGCUGCCAGCCUACACCACAGCCAUAGCAACACAGGAUCCCAGCUCAUCUACAACCUACACCACAGCUCGUGGCAACGCCAGAUCCUUAACCCACUGAGCCAGGCCAGGGAUUGAACCUGCAUCCUCAUGGAUGUUAGUCGGGUUUGUUACCGCUGAGCCAUGACAGAAACUCACUUGAUUGUUUUAAACUGUGAAAGACUACUUGCCAUAGUAAAAGUGCAAUAAGAUUAUGUUAGGUUUACAUGUAAUUUCUUUGAUCUUCUAGAAAAAUAUUUGGAUGAUACCUUUCCUGAGGAAUAAUGGAAGCAAAACCAAACCAAUAUAAAAACAAAACCAAGGUUGUAUUUUCCCACAGACAUCAGAAAAACAUGAUAUAGUGUGAGUAAGUAUUUCAUUGAAGAACAGAUGUGUUUGUUCACAAACUUAGAAAUCUAAUAGGAAAGUGUGACACAAUGUGACAAAGCUACACCUUAGGCUAGGACUAAAAAUCUACUGCUUUGUUGCCCAGAGUUCUCCCCUCUUCUCUUAUGGCAUUUGGUUCUCAAAGUAAAUGCCAUGUUCCUAACACAAUCCCAAUUAGAAACAUCCAUGAGACUGUCAAUUGAAGGGUAUUUUGAGAUUACCCUGGGCACGGAAUUGUAUUGUGUUCAUGCCCAAUCUCCAUGUGUUUAUGUACCAGUAACAAUUCUUACCCACUGCAUUCUUUAUUAGUGUGUACUCUUGAUUAUUUGUGUGAAAAUUAGACUAGAUAUUUAUAAUUAGUAAUAUUUAAACUGUAUAAUAAAAGCAGUUUGGAAUGGAAUACUUGUCUUCUUUUUCCUUAAACUGUCUAAACAUUUCUUUGUUUAUGUAUUUGUUAUCUAUUUCCUGAGAGCAUGCUAGGAAAAAGUACAAGUUUCUCAAACAUGAAAGAAAAGGUUGUACAGCCCAUUCAACACCAACCUUUGUCUGACAACACUCAAAGAAGUUUAAAUCCAGAGCUCCCAAGAAGACAUUUCAGAAAGGCCCUCUUUAAUUUUCAAAUGCCCCAAAUUCACAAAACAAACAUAAUGAUCCAAAGUGGAAAACAUGGAAAAAGUGAAGUUUCUAAUUUUGAGCCCCCUGACCCCACAAUGCAGGAGGAAUUAUUUUUGGAAGUUUGUUGCCACUUUGACCUGGCUAAAAUUCAGGAUUGAGCCUUUCCAGAAAAGAAUUAAAACACUGUAAAAGAAAAAUUAUUCUAACAUUUGGUAAAAAUGAAAGGAAGACUUUCUUCAAGACUACUGCAAUGGGAUCAAUACUAUAGCAAUAGAAAAGAUUGAACUCAACUCCAAAUACAGCCAAGAUAGUUAUAGAUUUUUAGCUAAUGAACAGUGAGGGGAUCAGUGGAUGGUAAACUACUGAGAGGAACUUGAUUAUAUAUCAGGGGUAAUCUUGCCAAACUAGCUUACCAGGAUUCUUGCUAAAGUUAGGCCAGAUAUCCAGGGUAGGAAAUGGGGGACUUGAUCAGAUGUGGUGGGGGCAAGGGUGUGGCGAGUGGGAUAGUGGGAUUCUCCAUAAACUAACUCAGCAGAUUUCUUUGUGAAAACCGGGCUCAGCAGGGUAAGUUGAUGCCUGGUUAAGAAAAGGACCCAGAGGAGCCUAAUUAAUGUUUGGUCAAGAGGAAGCCUUUGUCAAACGUAAAGGACAGAGAGUUGGUUCGUCGGUAUCAUGACUUUACUAAUGCAUACUUGCAAAGAUAGAAUACAAUUGCCUUUGAGGAGUUUUGGAAAAGAACUGUAUAAAGUGUUUGUAUAAAGGACCCUGAAGAGGAGUUCCUUCCGUAGCUCAGCCAAAUGAAUCUGACUAGUAUCCAUGAGGAUGCAGAUUCAAUCCCUGGCCCCACUCAGUGGGUUAAGAUCUGGUGUU